AUGGAGAUGACUGGGAACGUGCAUGAAAUAAAUCUUCUACAUCCAGAGUACACGAUGGAAAAAACGAGGGAUAGCAACAUUUAUAGUGCCUCUUGGUCAGGCAAAAGAACAGGAAACAUCAAUAAUGAUAUACGUACAUUAAACAAAGCUGAACUGAGGAAAAAAGGAUUGGUUGUACAUGUAGACAAACAAGAAGUACAUGCAAGAGUUGGGAAUGGCGGGGAAAAAAGUUCUGCUGGAGUAAAUAGGAUGUGUACAAAUGUGGCAGUCAAGCCAAUGUUUAUAUCCUAUGACUUAAACAAGUCCACCCUAUUGUUUACAUCCAACAUUUCCCAGGGGCAAGAUAUCCACAAAGAACCCCUUACUCGAAAGAAACUUGCGACUUUGUUUUACUUCUCUGAUCAUGUUCUGUGA